AUGUUCUCGACGCUGGGCCUAUUCACAGGGGUGGCUUGUCCGCAAGGAGAGCACUGCCCUCUUCUGGCUUGCAUGUUCUCCCACACUCGAGAUUUGACCGUUAUGAAUCAGGCAUCUUCUGGUACUAAAACAACAUCGAAAGUGGUCGACACACAUACCCAGAAGAAGCUCAAAAUCCAAGCGAGCAUCUCCACCACGGAUUCGUCAAGCUUGCUUCACAAUGCAUCAUGUCUCGGAAAUACAGCAAAAGCCUCGGCCUCAAAAUCGAGACCAAGCCAACAAUCACCACGGCGGACCUCUGGCCAGGCUGGUUCCCAAACGCUUACUACUCCUCAGGGGGCAUCAACUUCGCCAUCGCGCUCAACCUCGAAACCCGAAAGGGGCGAGCCUUCAAGCGUUCCGGUCGCCCCCCAGACCAUAUCGUCCCAGCUUCCCCCUCGGAAGGUGCGCAAGGAAAGCCUCAAUCCUCGCAUGCUGACAAAAGCUCCCGCUCCUCAUGGAACCAGGAGUGCAAUUCUUAAGAAACUACAUUCCGUCAUGGUCUCGCAGAAUGAGAAGCUAGCCAAAAGCAAAGAAAACUCGAAUAAAUGCUUUGUCUUGGCAGCCGAUGAGCUGGUGACUAUGGCUUUGGAUGAGGAGGAGGGAGUGGCAAAGGGCUCUCCGGGUGUCUACUCCAAUGUGAUCAAGCUUCGUAUUGUGAAGUUGACGAAAAUGAGCUUAGCGGAAUGGGCCAAGGAGGUCAUGGAGCAUCUCAACACCAGGUACUACAAAGUACCAGUCGCCCCAACUCCAGAUGCUCCUAAGCGGAUUGAAACCGGUCUCACGACCGAGCAAGAGAUUGCCGUCGCUCUAAGACUGAUCACUCCCUUGGACGGUCUCGAGGAAUUUGGUUAUGUCACAAAAGCGCCCACUGAAGCAGAAGUCGAGACGGCCAAACAAGGCGUUAUUGACUCAAAGGGUUGGGAGAAGUGUGAGCGCUGUGCCAGUCGCUUUCAGGUUUUCCCCGGUCGUCGCGAGGAUGGGGCGUUGACGACGGGCGGGCAAUGUACUUACCAUCCCAGUCGUCCCAUCAUUCCGGCUCGCAAGAAGACGGACAAUUACACCGGUGCCUCAGAUCCAUAUUUUCCUUGUUGCAGUGAAUCUAUAGGGGCAUCAGUUGGUUGCACUAAAGGCACUCACCACGUCUUUAAAAUCUCAGAGUCCAAACGCCUUGCUUCUAUUCUUCAGUUUGAGACAACACCUCAACAACCAGAUAAAGGAGUGCUGGACCCUGUUUGCUUCGAUUGCGAGAUGGGUUAUACCACACAGGGCAUGGAAUUAAUUCGUCUCACUGCCGUCAGCUGGCCUGAAGGCCGUGAACUUCUCGAUAUUCUUGUCAAGCCCAUUGGCGAGGUUUUGGAUCUCAACUCGCGAUUUUCAGGAGUUUAUCCUGAGCACUUUGCCAACGCCAUCCCUUACGGAACCUCCGAUGCCAUCUUGAAAUCUCCUCCUCGAUAUGGUCAGGGCGAAGAAAAGCAGAAACAUAUGCAGGUCGUCGAGUCGCCCGCCGAAGCUCGAAAACUACUCUUCCGAUUCCUCCAACCCGAAACCCCCCUGAUCGGCCAUGCCAUCGAAAACGACCUCAAUGUCUGCCGAAUCAUUCACCCCACAAUCAUCGACACCGUCAUCUUGUAUCCAGCCCCAAGGGGCGGUCUACCCAAUCGCAUGAGUCUCAAAGCCCUCGCUCGCAAAUUCCUCUCACGUGAUAUCCAGACGGGUGGCGCCAAGGGCCACGAUUCGAAAGAGGACGCCGUCACAACCGGCGAUCUAGUGCGUGCCAUGGUUCGCGACUCGUGGAAAACUUACGAACGCAAUGGUUGGCAUUUCGAGGGUGACGAGAUGGUCUCGCCGCCCAACCAGGAGAAUUACUACGUCAACAGGCAAGGGAUAUAUGUCCCCGGUCAGGGACCGCACGCCAAUGCCAAAAGUGUGCAAGAGCGCAUUGAACUUAGUGACACUGGACAGAAGAGGAAGCAGCCAUCCACUGAUGACAGCGCUGCAUAG